AUGCCCGGUAGCACGAAGAGCGACACCAAAUUAGAGAACGAAAUCCGAGUAAGCUACAAGAGUGAUGCUCUAGAUUACGUCUACAAAGCAGUUGUCCUGUUUGAAACGCACGAUGAAGUGAUUUUGUCCGGCGUCGGCAAGGCCAUCACCUCGGUGGUUAACGUCGCGGAGAUGGUCAAGAGAAGGGCCAAGGGAAUACACCAGUGUACCAAGAUUUACGAGAAGGAGCACACCAUCAAGAGAGAAGACCCAGCUGCCGCAAAGAAGGAUGACAAGGAAGAGGAGGAGAAAAAGUUCGUAGAAGGAGAACCCCAAGAGGGAGAAGAAAACGACAAGAAUAAGGAAACGGAAAAUAGAAUAAUUGAAUUCAGAACCACCGUCCCGUGCAUAAAAAUCAUUUUAACAAAAAAUGAUACGAACGUGGACAAAAAGGAAGUAGGCUACCAAGCACCUUUAGAUGAUAAGGACGUCAAUGUCAUGACUCCUGAUCAAAUACUGAAGGAGAAGUCCUACAGACGAAAAUAUAGAACAGGUCGAGGUGGAGACAGAUUCAGAUCUUCCUACCGCAGGAAUUACUAUGAGACCCCUAUGUGGAACAACAGAAGAUUUGAAAAGAGAACUUAAAUAACUAAACAGUUUUAACAAAGUAGUUAUUUAUUUUUUUUUUUCUCCACCAAUCUACACUUCGCAUGUCGCGUAUAGUGCAAAGCAUAUGUCAUAUGCCCGAGCCCUACUCCAUGCAGUAUAUCUCGUAUCGCAUGCCACGCACCGCACAUUGCAUAUGGCACACCGCGCACUUCAUAUGGCGCACCCCAUAUCGCGCAUCCCAUAUCGCAUGUGGCAGAUCUCGAGAGACGCACGACGGGUCGCAUAUCACGCUUCGCAUACCGCACAGCGAAAAAUGCGCACGGCUUAUCGCGCUGGCACACCUAGCGCAAGGCACAUCGCGUAGACCACACCGCAUUCAUUACGUAUAUCACACUGCAUCCAUCGUGUAUACCACACCGCAUCCAUCGUGUAUACCACAUCGCGCACCACAUCUCAUCCAUCGCGUGUACCACAUCGCGUACCACACCGCAUCCCGCGCAUCCCGUAUCGCAUUCCUCAUAACGCAUAUUCCAGCCCCCCAUUUCCACACGUCAUGGUUCUCCAGCCCCCCGCCUUAAGCAUUUAUUUUU